AUGCAUUUUUUUUUUCAGAUCAUGGAAAUCAAUUGCAUCCGUACGAAGUGCUCAUAUAAAAAAUGGCCGCGCAGCUCGACUGAAGAAGAAAGGGACAGUCUCACAACGAGAUGUCGCUCUCACGCUGUUCGGUCUCGUCGGCCCUGGAAUAUUGAAGCCGGACCGCUUCGGCCUGAGACAGCUGGAGGAAGACGACUGGGAGGCGUAUAACCACUUUUGGGCUGUCAUUGGUUACAUGCUCGGAUUAGAAGAUAGAUAUAACGUCUGUCGGAGAAACAUAGAUGAAACGCGCGAGUUGUUCCAAUUAAUUUUAGAGCGAGUGUACACUCCGUGCCUAGAGAAUGUUCCGGAAUACUUCGAGCACAUGGCUCGUGUGAUGAUGGACGGGUUGAGAGCGGUGAUGGGGGCGUCGGAGGCCGGCAGUCUCAUGUACAUCACAAAGAACCUGUUCGACAUCCCCGGGUACAUUAUUACAGAAGGCGAAAGAAUUAACUUGCAGAAAAGAUUGAAAGAACAAUUACACGGAAAACAUAAAGAUACUGGUGUAGAUGUUUCAACAUUGAUUCAGAAAACAAGCAUCCAAGGCCUCCCAGAUACCACACCUCGUUUACUCUACCUCAAAGAUUACGACAGUCUAGAAACAGCGCCAGAAUACAAAAAACUAUCUUUCGGUUCCAAAAUCAAAUUAGCAAUGUUAAUUUUCAUAAUGUCUGUUUACACCACAUCUAUUGGACGGGUCAUAUUAAACUGGUAUUAUAGACUGACGAUAUUUAUGACAGAAUAUUUUCCAUACGUCGCCUUCUUUUUGUACGGCAUCAAGAAAUCUUAUGUUGAUAUGUUCAAAGAGCCGGAUAUGGAUGAAACACCACCGAAACCUAACUCUGAGUAUUACAAUAUGGAACCAGAACCCUGGUAUAAAUCACUAGUUGCUUAAUUGCAAAGAAAGUGGUCGGUAAACUUGCUUAAUUAUUUUAACUUGUUAUAAUAAUUUAAAAAAUCUUUGGAGCCAAAUCUGUUUUGGUAACAUAUUCUAAAUUGUGUCACUCCUUUCAUCAGUUAAGGGUAGCGGUUGCUUCGCCUUUGUGGCGAAUUUAAUGGCGACUCGCUUGUUUGUUAUCUUAAAAAAUACGUAUUGAAUACACUAAAUAAAACUUUCAUCGCAGUUUUAUUAAUCUAAACAAUGUGCUUGCUUUUCAAAGUAGAUGUCAGAGCUGCAUUUAAGGUAUAAGAGGGAAAACAUUCAUGGGUUGGCAACAUUCAUGGUUAGCAGAUAGUAAUCUAGAGGAGAGGGGAGAAUCAAGGACAAUAAUAGUGAAAACAGCUUUUUUUAUUGUAAUGAGAAUGCACUAUAUGUACUAUUAUUUUACUGAACAACUGUAAAGUAGUUUUUAAAUUAUUUAUGUAGGUCUUCCAGGGAUUCAAUUUCUGACGCUCACGUUAUGAUGGACAAAAUUUUAUGAGAUUAUUAUUAUUAAUUUUAAUUUAAAUAAUAAAAAAAAAUGUUUUUA